CUCCUUCAAAAUAUCUCUAAGCUAAAUCUCAUACUCCUCCUACAACUUCAUAUAUCUCCAAUCCAAAUUAUAUAUACACACAGGAAAGGAGUGGGGAAGCUAUUGAGACUUAGCCAUGGCCGGAGAACAAAUGGGAGUGCUUAAUGCACUUGAUGUGGCCAAGACACAACUCUAUCAUUUCACCGCUAUAGUAAUUGCCGGAAUGGGAUUCUUCACUGAUGCAUACGAUCUUUUUUGCAUCUCUCUAGUGACCAAGCUUCUUGGUCGAAUUUACUACACCGAUCUCAACUCAACGAAGCCAGGAAACUUGCCUCCUAAUGUUGCAGCAGCCGUAAAUGGUGUUGCUUUUGUUGGAACGUUGACCGGUCAACUCUUUUUUGGGUGGCUUGGAGACAAGAUGGGGAGGAAGAAGGUGUACGGACUAACCCUACUUGUAAUGGUUAUAUGUUCGGUUGCCUCGGGACUGUCCUUUGGCCAAGAUGCUAAGGCUGUCAUGGCAACUCUUUGCUUCUUUAGAUUUUGGCUAGGGUUUGGUAUUGGUGGCGAUUACCCUCUCUCCGCCACCAUCAUGUCUGAGUACGCUAACAAGAAGACGCGUGGUGCUUUUAUCGCUGCAGUUUUCGCCAUGCAAGGGUUUGGAAUUCUUGGGGGUGGAAUUGUUGCCUUGAUUGUCUCAACUGCUUUCAACGCAAAAUAUGAUGCUCCGUCGUAUUUAGUCGACAGAGCUGGCUCGUUGGUUCAUCAGGCCGACUAUGUUUGGCGUAUAAUUCUCAUGUUUGGAGCUUUUCCAGCGGCGGUGACUUACUAUUGGCGUAUGAAAAUGCCUGAAACUGCUCGUUACACAGCAUUAGUUGCUAAAAACGCUAACCAAGCUGCUUCCGACAUGUCCAAGGUGCUACAAGUCGAGCUCAAAGCUGAUGUUGAGAAGGUAGAGAGACUUGCUGAAGGUAAAAACUCAUUUGGGCUCUUCUCUAAGCAAUUCGCCAGACGACACGGUCUUCAUCUUGUUGGCACAACCACAACUUGGUUUUUAUUAGACAUCGCAUUUUACAGCCAAAAUCUUUUCCAAAAAGAUAUUUUCAGCGCCAUCGGUUGGAUCCCAGCUGCCAACACAAUGAAUGCCAUUGAAGAAGUUUAUAAAAUCGCCAGAGCUCAAACCCUAAUUGCCUUGUGUAGUACUGUCCCUGGCUAUUGGUUUACAGUUGCUUUUAUUGAUAAAAUGGGACGAUUUGCCAUUCAACUAAUGGGAUUCUUUUUCAUGACGGUGUUCAUGUUUGCCCUAGCUAUUCCUUACAACCACUGGACUCAAAAAGAUAACCAUAUUGGGUUUGUAAUUAUGUACUCAUUGACUUUCUUCUUUGCUAACUUUGGACCAAAUGCGACAACAUUUGUUGUCCCGGCUGAAAUUUUCCCGGCACGGCUGAGGUCCACAUGUCAUGGAAUAUCAGCUGCGGCCGGGAAAGCUGGAGCAAUGGUGGGAGCUUUCGGGUUCUUGUAUUCCGCUCAAAGUAAGGAUCCAACGAAGACCGAAGCUGGUUACCCACCAGGCAUUGGAGUGAAGAACUCUUUGAUUAUGCUUGGUGUUAUCAAUUUUCUUGGAAUGGCAUUUACAUUUUUGGUGCCAGAGUCAAAAGGAAUAUCACUUGAAGAGUUGACUGGUGAAAAUGAAGAAGGAGAUCAAGGAGAGGCCACUGCUCCUUCAAGUGCUAGAACUAUACCUCUUUGAUUAAUUAAUUGAGUCUUAAUUAAUUGUGUAUGUAUGGAUGGUUUUGUAAAAUUUCUAUAUAUUUGAUUGUUGUUUUUUUUUCUUUGAAACAUGAUGAUAAUUAAUAAUGUAGUAGAAUAUAUAUAUUGUUGGAAGGCUUUUGUAAGAGCAUUUUUAUUAUUAUUUAUAUAAUACACGAAUUGUUUU